UGCUGGGCGCGCACGCAGGGGCCCCGCGCGGGGCGGGCGCCGGCGGAGGGGCCCAGGAGGGAUUGCAGGUUUAGGGGAAGGCGGGGGCGUGGCUUCCCCGCUGGGCGGGCGGCCACUUCACAGUCCCGCCUCCGUCGGCAGCUGCAUCCGCGCGCCAAAAUCAAACCCGGGUACCCGCCGGCCAGAGAGCCUGCAGUUCAAGGCGAGCUCCGCGGCGGUGUCGGCCUCCGCAGCGCACACCUUUGGCCACCUCCCAGCCCUCCCUGCCCGACGCGCUUGGGGCCGCCACAAGACGAGGCAUGGCCACCCCACCCAAGAGGAGCUGCCCAUCUCCCGCAGCCAGCCCUGAGGGGACCCGCAUCAAGAAAAUUUCCAUCGAAGGGAACAUCGCUGCUGGGAAGUCAACAUUUGUGAAUAUCCUUAAACAAGUCUGUGAGGAUUGGGAAGUGGUUCCUGAACCUGUUGCCAGGUGGUGCAAUGUUCAAAGUGCUCAGGAUGAAUUUGAGGAACUGACAACGUCUCAGAAAAGUGGUGGGAAUGUUCUUCAGAUGAUGUAUGAGAAACCUGAACGGUGGUCUUUCACCUUCCAGUCAUAUGCCUGCCUCAGUCGAAUACGAGCUCAGCUUGCUGCUCUCGAUGGCAAGCUCAAAGAUGCGGAGAAACCUGUAUUAUUUUUUGAACGAUCUGUGUAUAGUGACAGGUAUAUUUUUGCAUCUAAUUUGUAUGAAUCUGACUGCAUGAAUGAAACAGAGUGGACCAUUUAUCAAGACUGGCAUGACUGGAUGAAUAACCAGUUUGGCCAAAGCCUUGAACUGGAUGGAAUCAUUUAUCUUCGAGCCACUCCAGAGAAAUGCUUGAAUAGAAUAUAUUUACGGGGAAGAAAUGAAGAACAAGGCAUUCCUCUUGAAUACUUAGAGAAGCUGCACUAUAAGCAUGAAAGCUGGCUCCUGCAUAGAACACUAAAAACCAACUUUGAUUAUCUACAAGAAGUGCCUAUCUUAACACUGGAUGUUAAUGAAGACUUUAAAGACAAUCACGACAGUCUGGUUGAAAAGGUAAAAGAAUUUUUGAGCACUUUGUGAUCUUGCUGAAGACUACAGGCAGCCAAAUGAUUACACAUACUUCAGCUUUGUGUAUCUUCAUAGGUCCAUAUUCAUACAAGUCUCUCUUCUAAACCCAAGUUUUUAACUAUUUUUGUUCCAAGAAAAAAAUUUUCUUUAAUGAAUCCUAUACAAAAGUUUAUAGCUAGUUUUUCUUUUUUCUUUUUUGUUUUUAUCUUCUCUUCUUUUUGGGGGCUUUAAAAAAAGAAAGACAUUUAAGUAUUCCUUACAACAAGAUGUCUGGGGGUAGAUGGUUCCAGAAUCAUUAUAGUGGCUAAGCUGCAUCAUAAAGGACCUAGCCUCCUUCUGUCUUUCUCCUCUAUUAUCCUCCUCAGCCGGUUGACUUUUUUUUUUUUUUUCUGGUGCUUCUCAUCUCACUGACCAAUUUCUUAACUACAAACUUUAAUGUUACAUAGUAAAUGGUAAUGUGUCCUGUGUAAAUUAGUUUACCUGUUAAAAAUUGAAAAGUGGAAUUUUAAGGAAUCCCUAGGAAAAGUAUGAUGAGGUUUUAUUUUAAAUGCUUUUGAUCAGGUGCCUUCCCUUCUACCUUAAUUUAUGUGGACGAUAAGACCAGGUUUAGUAUUUAGUUACUUCACUGAUUUAUUAAUGUGUCUAUAAUACAUUUGUAGAGAAGCAGGUUAGACUUUGUUCCCGGUUUGUAAUGGCAUAAUUUAUAAAUCAUUUAAUCUUUUUCCUGCCUUUGUGUCUACAUCUAUGGUAUGAGUGAGGCUUCAUCUUUUGCAUGGGAUUUUGUAGGAUUAAAGAGAAAAUGUUUCUAUACUUAAAAGAUAACUGAAGAUUAUUACAUGAAUAGAAAGAUUGAAUUUAUUUGGAACUUAAAUAGCUACCUGCUUUUUCCCUUCUCAGACCAUUCUUUUAGAAUGGAGUAUUACUAUUAUAGUUAAAAGAUUGGCUUAAACUAUGAUUGUCUUUAAGUCAUUUGAGGUGGAAUUAUAGUUUUCCUUAAUUUCUUCCCAUUUUUAUAGGGAAAAUGUUAGUGGGACAUAGUGAGGGAUACAUUUUUCCAUUUUAUUUUUUAUUGAUGCUAUAAUGGGAAUGAGUAGUCUUUCUUUAUACUUGGUGAGCUGUCAAAAGGGAAACUGAAGACAAGGUAGAUUUUCUUCUUAGCAGUUAAGUCUGUUUAGUUAGUCCCAGCUCUUAUUUCCUGCCUCCUACUUUCCCUACUGUCUGGAUUAAUUAGGCAGCCUACUAUUUAAAGUUUUAUUUAAAAGUAAAUAAAAGUCACACAUUUCUACUUUGAGAACGUCAUCAUCACCUCUCACUUCAUAGUUUGCUUUGCUUCUCUGUUGGAUUAUACCUGAAGUUUUUUUCCCCCUCCUUUAAGAGAAAUUACUGCUAAAAAUGAUCUUGCUUUAUGUUAUAUAUCUUGAAAGCAUUAUCAUUUUUUGUUGCUUAUAUUUAGUAAAUACAUAUAUUAAUAAAGCAAGCAAGGGGUAAAAUAGUUGUAAUUUAAAACAAUCUGCAUGGGUUCAUUUUAGGUCUGUAUAUAUAGAUUUAGGUCUGUAUGUAUAGAUUUCUUUCAACUUUGUUUAUUUAAGGUGUGCAGUGUGCAGUGUGUUUUCUUUGUAUUUAACCUUUCUACUUGCCAUUUUAGAAAAAUUCUCUGUUUUUAAAUGAGAGGAAGAGUUACUUUUACUUUGAAACUAUCAUUUUCCUUUUUAAAAUAUCAUUUCUUGUUUUUGGUUUCUUGAUAUUCAAAGAUGAUAAUUUAGUGAGCUAAACAGUUUAGAUGCACUGAUCUUUGAAAAAGAGACUUGUUUCAAAUCUGUAAUUGCCAUAAAUAUUUAAAUUGUCUCAUGAUAUUGUAUAGAUUUGUGUUUGAUAUAAAUGAAUUUGUUACUAAAUUAAAUAUUUGCUUAAUAAAUAAGUAAAAAUA